AUGGGCAAAAAGCGCGCGCGCGAAGAAGCCAAGGAUGUCCCACCUGCGGACGUCGACAAGAUGGACGAGGAUGGCUCCGAUGGUGAGGAUUUCGAUAUGGUCGACGUCGAUUUUGAGUGGUUCAACUUUGACCCCGAGGUUGACUUCCAUGGAACCAAAACCCUUUUGCGACAGCUAUUCGACGUUGAUGCGAAUCUUUUCAACAUGUCUGCCCUCGCCGAUCUUGUUCUCUCACAACCCACAAUUGGCUCGACCAUUAAGGUUGACGGCAAAGCCAACGACGCCUACGCGAUGCUCACCGUCCUCAACACAGCUGUUCACCAAGAUAAGGAGCCUAUGAAUGAUAUCAUCAAGUACCUUGUGGAGAAGGCGCAAACCAAUUCGUCUCUAGCACCCAUUGCGGAUGUACUCGGCAGCGGCAAGCAUGUAGGACUCGUUUUCUCUGAACGACUCAUCAACAUGCCCUCUGAACUGGCGCCACCGCUCUACUCAAUGCUUGUCGAUGAGGUCGAGGCCGCCGUCGAGGAUAAGGAGCCUUACAAUUUCUCCCACUACUUGAUUCUAUCCAAGACAUACCAGGAGAUGGAGUCCAAACUGGAUGUCGAGAACCAGAAGCGCAAGAAAGCCAAGGAGGAAGCCGGCAUGUACUAUUUCCACAUGGAGGAUGAGGUGCUGCACAAACAUGCGGUCGCGCACGGAAACUUCAACUACACAAAAGAGGACGAGCUGGCGGCAGACAGCAAGCGGGCAUUCCAAGAGAUGGGCGUCAAGGCGCACGGGCACAUGAUUCUCAUUGAAGCAAACAAGUUCCCCGGGGCAGUAAAGGCUGUUAAUGAAUAUCUGAGUGCUGCGCAAUAA